AUGGUGAUCUGCCUGGUGUUCUACAAAACGAAGGGCAACCUUGGCAUACUUUCAAGAAAAGCACUGAAAUUAUUUGGACAUAAAGCAGUAGGAAUUCAAAGCACGAAAGCAAGAAAGCAAGCUCAGAAAAUCAUAGCUGCAGAUGCAAAAGGCUCAGAACGAAAAUCUAAUGAAGCUUCUUGUGGAGUUAGCCAAGAACUGACAGGUUCGUGCCAACUUUGUCCACAGCAAACUAAACGAAUGUUGUUUUACUAG